AUGGCGCAAACCGACGGCCAAAGUUUCCCCGAGAUAGUGGAGGUCAACGUGGGCGGUCAGGUGUAUGUGACGAGUCUGGACACUCUGACCGCGGUGCCCAACUCUCUGCUGUGGAGCAAGUUUACGCAGAGCGCGCCGGGGCAGCUGGCCAAAGACAGCAAGGGCCGCUUCUUCUUCGACCGGGACGGCUUUCUCUUCAGGUACAUUCUGGAUUACCUGCGGGACAGGGAGCUUCUGCUGCCGGAGUUUUUCAAGGAGAGGAAGCGGCUGCGGAAAGAGGCGGACUUCUUCCAGCUGCCCGAGCUGUCCAGGCGCCUGGCGGCGGUCAGCAAGGACGGCUCUUACGCGGAGCCGGACGGCGGGGAGCCGGAGGAGGCCGAGCUGACCAGCCCGGUGACCACCACCACCACCACCACCACCAUCUCCCCCUCCUCCUCCUCGGACAGAGCCCUGCGCUCUCCAGGGAACAACUCCGGGUACAUCACCAUCGGGUACCGGGGCAGCUACACCAUCGGCAGGGACAUCCAGGCCGACGCCAAGUUCCGCAGGGUGGCCAGGAUCACCGUGUGCAGCAAGAUCUCUCUGGCCAAGGAGGUUUUCGGGGAGACCCUGAACGAGAGCCGCGACCCGGACAGGCCCCCGGACAAGUACACCUCCAGGUACUACCUGAAGUAUAACUUUCUGGAGCAGGCCUUCGACCGGCUGGCCGAGACGGGUUUCCACAUGGUGGCCUGCAACUCCACCGGGACCUGCUCCUACGGGAGCAACGACCCGGGGGAGGACAAACUGUGGACCAGCUACACCGAGUACAUCUUCUCCCGGUGA